AUGGUAUUCCCCAAUUGUAGACAAGGCGACGCCAACAUCGAUCUGAGCUCCUCAGCGCUCGGCGAAGUGAAGACCUUUGAUCUGGAUGACAACUGCAUCGACCUGUGCGACGGCAAGGGCCAUGACUUGUCAGUGAAUCCCAACGUUGGCCACGGUUAUGAAGAGAUCAGCGAAUGCGUGUACUGA